CGGAUUAGCCGGUUUAAGCGAUGCACAACAAUCGACUCCAUCACUGACGCGUGUGGAGGAAGUGUUGUGUAUGUGUGAGAGUGUGUGUGCGCGCGUUCGGUUGCGUGCGUGCCGUGUUGCCGUGGUUCCGCUGCUGUCAGAAGAAAAAAGCGUGUAUGGAUGAGUGCGCGCGUGUGUGUGCGUUUGAUACGAAUGGCAACAUAGCAAGCGGCGUUCCGUUCUGUUGCCUUUCCGUUUCUCUGUAGUUGAGCCGCAGCUCCGCAUCAGCAACGCAUGCUGAUUUAUGACAACAAACACUACUAGGGCAAGAAGCUUGCUGUGCGUGAGGUCUUUCCCAAAAGCAGGCGCGUGUGUUUGUUUGUGUGCGUGUCUGCAAAAGGAUCGAAUCGCUCGUUUGGAAGAAAGUGACGGCGAAACGGAAAGCUGAGUUUUAGUUUUCCAAUUUGUGAGUCUUGUGGGAAAAUUUCCAGUUGAAAGUGUGUAAUCGGUUAAGUGCUUUGUGAAAGUAUGUUGCAAGUUUAAUCGGCCGGGAAAGGGUGAAAGGCUCUAGGGGCUUUGCAUCUUUAAUAGAAAGGUCCUCCCUGUGUUCUGAAACAGCGUGUGUGGCGGCCAAGGUCGGGUGGCAAAGAAAGGAAAGGUCGUAUAGGUUAUUUUGUGGAGAGGUUUUGAUUAAUCAGGCACAGUUGAAUGUCUCAUGGCAGCAUCGGCAGGCAACAUGGAAACCGACGAUCUUAGUGAUACAAUGAACGAUUUUCUCCCGCUGUUGCCGGAAAACAUCAAGCAGGAGCUGUUUGAUGCCACCGAUAAGGGGAACCUGUGCGACAGCGUUGAAAAUAAGAUUGAUGAAGCGGAAACGGCUAAUGAACCACCGGCACCGUCAAAGUGCGUCUGGUGCCAGCAAACGCUCACGCCGAACGAUCAUCCGAAGCUGCUCGAGUGUCUGCACAUUGCCUGUCACGCGUGCGUCAAGCAGAAGAUCACGGAUUUGUCGCACAACUCGCCGCUCAUGUGUCCGGUGUGCAAGAUGGAAAGCCGGCUCGAGUACAUCAUCGACAACGUGUUCCUGAGCGAAACGUCGUCGGCGAGCGGCGAGGACAAUCCGGGCAGCGUGGAGUCGACGAAGGAUCAGAUCAAGUGUAGCAGCUGCAGUGACGAUGCGAACGCCACCUCUUGGUGCGUGGAGUGUGCCGAGUUUAUAUGCGACAGUUGCGUGCAGGCCCACCAGCGGCUAAAGAUCACGAAGGAGCACACGAUCAAGCCGAAGGAGGCGGCGUGCAGCGAGCAGACGGGCAGCAAUGGGCUGGCCGGGAAGAAUAUCAUGUGCCACAUGCACCCACAGGAAAAAUUGUCUCUCUAUUGUGAAACGUGCGAUCGGUUGACCUGCCGCGACUGUCAGCUGCUCGAUCACCGAGACCACAAGUACAAGUUCGCCAACGAAAUUGCCAGCGAAACGCGCAGCAGCCUCAGUGCGCUGUUGAGCGAAAUCAGCUACAAGAAGGUGCUGCUGUCCAGCGCCAUGAAGGUAAUCGACGAUCGGCAGGCGCAGAUCAGCGAGAAGAAGAAGGAGCUGUCCAAAGAGAUCGCCGAUCUGGUGGUAAAGCUUACGAAUGCGGUCAACACGCGUGGCAAGCAGCUCGUGUACCGGUUAAAUCAGGUUUGCGACACAAAGCUGCAGGUUUUGAACGAGAAAAAGGAAGCGCUUCAGCUGCUCUCGGGACACACGGACCAUUGUAUAGAGUUUGUGCAGACGGCGCUUGACAAGGGUAGCGACAGUGCCGUUCUGUACAGCAAGAAAACGCUAGCCCGACACCUGCAGAAGGUAAAAAGCCAGCGGGCUGAUAUUCCCAACCCGGAGAUCCCGGUUCGUGUCCAGCUGUAUCUUUCCAACGUCCCCGAGCUACAGAGCGUGAUCCAACGCAUCGGAACGAUACUAGUCGAUGGGAAGGUGUACCCACCAUCACCGGCGCCAAGUCCCCAAGGGCCACCCGUACCCGGCCCCGGUCCGAUUACACCUCAAAGUAGAAGCAAGCAACCGAGCCCAAACAUAACACCGCCCUUGAGGCCCGGUAUGCCGGGUCCCGGUAUGACGACGCUUUCCUCCAACGGCCCGGGUGGUGGUGGACCGGGUGGAGGAGGUGGCGGUGGUGGCGGUGGAUUCUCACAGGUGCCUCCCAUGUAUAAUGGAAGCAGCGGGGUACCGGUUGGCGCUCCAUUCCCGCCCAAUCAUCCGAUGAACCGAUCGUUCCCGCAGGAAAAUGGACCAGGUCCGGGCCCAGGUUUUGGACGGUUCGGUCAGAUGGGUCCACCGAUGGGCAUGCCACCGCAGCAGCAUGUCAGCUCCUCGACACAUCCACAAAAUAUGGACAUUAGUUUGCGUAACUUAUUGAAUCAAAAGUCGAGCGGGCCUCCGCUUCCACCGGGCGGCCUAACGGUCGGCGGUGGUUCGGGUGGUACCGGGGUCGGUAGUGGCAUUGGUGGUGGUUCCGGGGGUGGUAGCGGUGGUUGUGGCAAUGCUGGGGGACACGCGGGCAACAGUAAUGCCGCCGGCAGUAACAGUAACGCUCUGGCUAAUAAUCAAUUUACUGCCACAGCAAACUUCAUGGGCAGCGGUGUGUCGCCGGGUGGUUCGGGCGGUGGCGGCCCACCAUCGCACCGUCUCGCGAACCAGCUAGGUGGUCCGGCAAAUUUUUUGGGUGGCCCCGGUGGUGCACACCAAAGCUUCAAUCAACCGCCGCCCGGCGGACCACCUAACAGUGGAGGAAUGGGCAUGGGCGGGGGAGGAUCGGCCGCGGCAGCAGCAGCCGUCGCCGCCGCGGCACGCUUUCAAUCCUUUCCCCGUUUCGCGAUGCCACCGUCGAUGCGACACAUAAUGGGUAAUCAGAAUUCGUCCACCUUACUGACACCAAAGCAACAGUCGCUGCGCUAUCCGGGACAACAAACGCAACCAGGAUACAGUCCAAACUCACCGCAACCGCCUCAGCUACCACCGCAGCUUUCCGGUGCGCCCGUUCCAGGAGCCGGUGGUACGGGUAGCGGUGGUGGCGGUGGUGGUGGAGGAGGAGGCGGAGGAGGAGGUGGGGGAGGAGGUGGUGGAGGUGCUAAGUGGCAUAUUCCCCAAAAUAUGCAGGCACAGCAGAACAAUGGCUUCUGUGGUCCCUCAGGAUUACAUCUGUUUGGAAACGGACCGAAUGAAUCGUUUAAAAUUCCACUGAAAUCGCCCGAUACGAUGCGAAACGCAAUGCUGCUCAAUGGAAGUGGUUCGUCCGGAGGUACUCUUUCCCUUGGUGGACACGGUGGAGGAGGCAGUUCGUCCAGCUCCAUUGGUAGUUCCCUGCAUCAUCAUCACCAUCAUCACCAUAAUCAGCAGCAGCAGCAGCAGCAACAGCAACAGCAACAACAGCUCCAACAGCAGCAGCAUCAGCAGCAACAGCAACAGCAGCAGCAACAGCAACAACAACAGCAACAACAGCAACAAUUACACAGUCAACAACAGCUACAGAAUCAUCUACAGCAACUACAAAAUGCUCUUCCAAAUGUGUCCUCCACCAACCCGAAGACGCCAAGCCCGAGCACGAACGAGCCCGGGAAAGAUUUUGCCGAAUCGAUCGACAAAACGUGCGAAGAUUCGGUAAACGAUCUAAUGGCCACCAUAGCGAAGCUAGACUCGAACGGUGUGCAAGUGCUGCCCGAAGGACAUCGUGGCAAAACGACGUCUCCACAGGUUCACAGUUCCACGGACCUUAACUCCAGCGCCGGAACCGUGGUUAGUGGUUCGAGCUCGGUCGCCGGUUCUACCGGUGGGCCGAACAACAGCGCAACCAUCGUGCUGGACGACAAAAACCUGCCGAAGGAUCUCGACCCCAACGAGGACUGGUGUGCGGUGUGCAUGGACGGUGGCGAGCUGAUGUGCUGUGAUAAGUGCCCGAAGGUCUUCCACCAAACUUGCCACAUACCGGUGAUCGAUUCGCUGCCGGACGAGAGCGAAACAUGGCAGUGUUUGCUGUGCUACAACUUUGCUGAUUUACCGCCCGAACCGACGGGAGAAAAGCGCAACAUAGGAAUAACCCCGCUGGAGCUGAAGAUUCUGCAACGGAUUGUGCUGGAGCUGUUCUGCCAGUACGAAACCAGCAUGCCCUUCCGUCAGCUCGAGCCGGACACCAACAAGGCGUAUUAUGACAUUGUGCGAAAUCCAAUUUCGCUGACGAUCAUACGCGAGAAACUAGAAAUGAGCAAUAAUGACCAUUACACGGACAUUGUUUCGUUUAUCGCCGAUGUGAAGCGAUUGUUCGACAACGUUUAUCUCUACUAUCAGGAGGACAGCAUGACGUACAAGAAUGCACGCAAGCUGGAAAAGUUCUUCGAACAGCAGCUGUCGAAGUGGUUACCAAAGUAUCUCGAGAUCGAUUGCUACGCCGACGACUACCAUCUGCAGAACGCAUCGAAACGCGUCAAGAACCACCAAGACGACUAACAGUCACUGCAACCCGUGGACGGUGAACCGAUGAUGCAGCAAGCGACACACUCGGAUCUGCAUUUGGACGAACAGCUGUGCGAUCUACAGCCGGAAGAUUUGUCCCUUCACGCCAACGGUGGUGACGAUCUGCAAGCCAUCGCUGAAACGGUGUCCGAACAAAAAACUACCGAUGAGCUAGCGAAUGCACUGCUGUGGAAGCAGGAAACCGAGUCGUUAACGGAAGAAGGUAAGGAAGGCGCGAGUUGCGUAAUGGAGGACGCGAUUGGUGGAAAGGGAGAAUGUAAAGAAACGACCGAAAGGCCUAGUUCACGGCAGAGCGAAACGCCAGCAGUGACAGCGGACGUAUUGGGAACUGCUCGUGACAUUACCAUCACCACCUCGGUCCAAGAUUCGGCGACAACGACGGCGUCAUCUGACGGGACGGUUGUGGAAAGGAUGGAUGAAGCAAUAGCCGCACCAACCGAAACGGUGCAGGAGAAUCUGUAAUACGGUGCGUUCCUUGCCGACAGGUAAACGUGGAUCAACGUCGAUGUACAUAUACACAUAGCAUUUAAAGGCGAAUGUCUUCGUGAAAUUGCAGCAACGAUCAUGAUAAUUGAUAUUUGUAGAAUCGUACAAUCGUGCAUGACAAAGUGGAUUUAAAGUGAGGCGUGUGUACAGAAACGGAACGGCGGCCGACUGUGUGCAUUUCCCGUUUUGAGGUUGAUAGAGUGAAAAGGUUUUUGUUUUUGGUUUUUUAAUAUUUCUUCUUUAGAUGAGAUUCCUUCACCAAAUUUCAUACCACAUUUGUGGUAUGAAAAAAGGGAGGGGGGGGGGGGGGGUCACAGUUUAAUAUUAUUUAUUAAUAUUUGCUUGCUUUGUGCGGAUGCGUGAGAAUAGUAGAGCGUACAGUGUUUUUGGAUUUGUAUACAUUUAGGCGCGUCAUGCGUGUUAGGGGGUAUCUUCAUUCAUUUAGUAUUUCGCAAUAAUUAUUUCAUGCUAAGGUAAGAAGCAUACAUAAGCAGCAGUUUAAGUUCCCGUACGAUUGUUUGAUGCGGCUUUACAUUUGUGUAUUGCCUCUCCCUUUGAGUCAGCCUGUGAGCAGAAUAAUUGAAAUUACGAUAGUAUGGAUAGACUCGUAAGGAUACAGUCUAAAAACUCAUGAAUUACAACAACUAGCGUUAGUAGCGACAGCAGCAUCAAGUGCUAGAAGCUAGAAACAACUCUCCCGGAAUUGAUGCUAGGUUUUUCGUAGAAUGUUACCCCACUACCGGCACUAAGUUUGGUAGGCGCGUUUCUACCCCAUUUAUUGUAUAAGGAAACUAUUUUAAAUUAGUAAGGCGACAAGUUUAGCAUCAUCUUUCAAAUAUUUCAUCCUAAACCGCUCCACGCCCAACUGCAGAAAGUAUACGAAUGUUACAAAGAUACAAUACUUUGAGAAUUGAAUUUUUCAUCCCUUCUUAACCACACACAUACAAACACUCUGCUCCAGUCGUUACGAAUAUUGGAAAGGACCGUAUGUUUUCGAUUUGAUUUGAAAAAGAUGAGCAAAAACACCCGUCAAUACACACGUGCAUAGGGCAGGAUUAUGUGUACCUCUAUGAAAACUUACCGCAUACUUCCAUUCAUCGAUAUAUUAGCAGUAGUAGUAGUAGUAGUAGUAGUAGAAGUAGUAGUAGUAGUAGUAGUAGUGUCGUAGGUUCUCCAAACACCAGCACCACGGUAUAAAACAGCAAAACAGCAAAACAUUGAACUUUCUCAAUGCUCUUAAGACAUGCAUAUAUAUAUGAUAAUAAUUAAUACUUGAUGCAAGUAAACUCGAACAAAGGACAGAUCUACGGUAGGGACCGGUAGAGGAUUUACAGUAAGCCGCUAAUGUAUGCAUCGUAAACGACAAUGAAAUGGUUAGAUUAUAGUAUUACUGCAGUGAAAUGAAAACACAACACAAACAACACAACACAGUGAAAUUGUAAACCA